AGGAUUUGAAAUAAACUGUCAAGACUUUAAUGUUGACUUUGCCGUCAAGGGACGGCGUGGCGAAGUUGGGAGAGUGGCCGUGCCAGCAAUCUGAGGGUUACUGGUUCAAUCCCCACCUUCUACCAUCCUAGUCACGUCCGUUGUGUCCUUGGGCAAGACACUUCACCCUUGCUCCUGAUGGGUCCUGGUUUACGCCUUGCAUGGCAGCUCCCACCAUCAGUGUGUGAAUGUGUGUGUGAAUGGGUGAAUGUGGAAAUACUGUCAAAGCGCUUUGGGCUCCUUUAAAAAGGGGUAGAAAAGCGCUAUACAAGUACAACCAUUUAUUUCUAUUUUACUUUCUAACAUCAGCACAUAUAACAUGUGUGACAUUGUUGUUUGUGUAACUAUCUUUUUAAUAUGCUACUACAUUUAUAGAUUAGAUGGUUUGAAAUAUGGAAAUAUUACAUAUUUGUAUUUCUAAUUGUUAAUAAUCCCAUAGAUUAGCCCCUAUUUAUAACAUACAUAUUUACUGGUUCACAUCUGAAACAUCUUAUCAUAUUAUUAUUUACUUUAUACAUCAUUUGAACACUUGUCUUUUAUACCAUUUUAAAAUGUGUGACUUUAUGAAUUAUUUGUUGGGUCUCUAUAAUCCAUUUUAGUAAUGAUCUUUAUUACUCUUUUUUUUGUAAUAUGAUGAUUGUGUUGUGAUUGUUUUAUAUGUAUGUCCCCAGACCUUUAUGCAAUAUAAAAGUGAGAGAAAAUGGCUGAAUUGUUUGUGGAAGGAUGUUUUAUUUUAUUUUUUUACAAAUUUACAUUCGUGGAUUAAACAAAGAUUCCCAUUAUUGGGUUUUAAACAUUUUUAAUGUACAGUUUCUUUUUAAACAUCCCCAACACAACAUCAAUAUCAAUCAAAGUUCGGAGUGUCAGGCAAAAGCCAAUAUUGUACAUCAUCCCACAGACAUUUACUUUGCAUACUGUAGGAGCCAAAUGUCCUUAUUUGUUUAUAUUGUUUUUAUUUUGUUUUCUCUAAUUGAUUGCUGGCCUCUGUUCAUGCUGAAAUUCUUUUUCGGCAGAUUGCUCCGCCCACUUCCUCUUGAGAACCAGGAAGUGUUGACAGGGAUGGCAUGGAGGACACAAACAGUUUUCGGCCGUGUGUGCCGUGACAAUGUUCCAUUCAAGGGAAACUUCCUGCUUCUCUUCCUGCGGCCACAAAGAGCGGUCCUAGUGCCCUCCACAUGGUCCUAGUGCCCUCCCCAUUCCCUAACCGCCAUUAAACAACAACAAAAAGAACGACGAGGCCAAGUUGGAAGUGGUCCAUUAAAAGGUUGAUAGCGCGACCUCCUGUACUGUAGAAUGUAGUAUGGACCAUAGGACAGGACGAAGACCUCCUGUACUGUAGAAUGUAGUAUGGACCAUAGGACAGGACGUUAAGAAGCCGUGGAGGCCUAAGAUGCUCUACUAGUCUGCUGGAAAUCCAAAGAAGACGAAGGAGUGAAAAGCAAAAUGUCGUUUGACAGAGAAGGCCUAAAUGUGGCCACUGGCCAUUAUUGUUUCUCUAUUUGUAUUUAGUGCAUACAUGUACGCAUAUAUGUCGUGUAGUAGAUGAAACAUUGUUUGUAUCCGGAUACAUUAGUCGGAGCGCACUUUAUCAAGUCUUAGCUUGUUAGCUGCUAACAAAGAGACGCGGACGUUAUCAACACAUCGGUAAGUAGACAUCAAAUGUGAGUGUAAAGUGUUGUGAUUGUGUGAACAUGUGAGUGUAAAUUGUUGUGAUUGUGUGAACAUGUGAGUGUAAAGUGUUGUGAUUGUGUGAACAUGUGGGUGUAAAGUGUUGUGAUUGUGUGAACAUGUGAGUGUAAAUUGUUGUGAUUGUGUCAACAUGUGAGUGUAAAUUGUUGUGAUUGUGUGAACAUGUGAGUGUAAAGUGUUGUGAUUGUGUGAACAUGUGAGUGUAAAUUGUUGUGAUUGUGUGAACAUGUGAGUGUAAAGUGUUGUGAUUGUGUGAAAGUAUGAGGAGGAACUUUGUCCAACAAAAGAGGAGAAGGAGCGACAACAUCAACUAUGGACGCUAUUUUCAAGAAACAUCAAGUCAGACGUCCAGCAGCCCCCCACAUUAAAGAGGAAGAGGAGGAUCCACAGCCCACCCACAUUAAAGAGGAAGAGGAGGAAGAGUGUGUUGUAGGGCAGGAGGAGGAUGAUGUCAGCAAGUUUCCACUGACUGUUGUCUCUGUGAAGACUGAAGAGCAUGAAGACAAAGCACCUGAGUCCUCACAGCUUCAUCACAGUCCAAACGUCCAGCAGCCCCCCCACAUUAAAGAGGAAGAGGAGGAUCCACAGCCCCCCCACAUGAAAGAGGAAGAGGAGGGAGGGUGUCCUGUAGGGCAGGAGGAGGAUGAUGUCAGCAAGUUUCCACUGACUGUUGUCUCUGUGAAGACUGAAGAGCAUGAAGACAAAGCACCUGAGUCCUCACAGCUUCAUCACAGUCCAAAUGUCUGUAAAGAACAACUUCUGCCUGAAAAACAGGAGAGUAGCUUCAGGAUGUUGGAGGAUCCACCAAAGAGGAAGACCAGGCACCACGGACCCUCUGGUGUAUUCUUUUCCUCUUUGACACAGACCCUUCCCUGUAAAAAAGAAGAGGAAGACUCACUGACCCCCCACAUUAAAGAGGAAGAGGAAGAACACAGCAUCAGUCAGGAGGGAGAUCAUAGUGAAGGACUGGUGGAUAUUCCAGUGACUGGUGUGCCUGUGAAGAGUGAAGAUGAUGAGGUCAAAGGUGAGCGUGAGGAGAAGAGAGAGGCGGAGCCUCCAAGCAGCAGCUCAACACAACACAUGACAACAGAAGGUGAUGGAGACCACUGUGGAGGAUCACAAGCAGACAAGAUGUUAGCUCCACUAUCAGAUAGUGAGGACACAACGUCACACUCUCCUGACACUGAUGAUGAACACUCUAAAGAUGAUAAGACAUGUCACACUGACAACACACACCUCACAUGUUCUCACUGUCACAAAACUUUUAAAUACCAUAGUGAUCUGAAAACAAACACAAGAAGACACACUGGAGAAAAAACUUUUAUCUGUUCAAUCUGUAGUAAAGGUUUUGUAGAAAGUCACAAAUUGAAAGUACACAGGAAAACACACACUGGUGAAAAACCUUUUUCUUGUUCAAUCUGCGGUAAAGGUUUUACACAGAGUCAAAAUUUGAAAAAACACACGAGAACACACACUGGUGAAACACCUUUUUCUUGUUCAAUCUGUGGUAAAGGUUUUACACAAAGUCAAUAUUUGAAAAUACACAUGAGAGCACACACUGGUGAAAAACCCUUUUCCUGUUCAAACUGUGGUAAAGGUUUUACACAAAGUCAAUAUUUGAAAGUACACAUGAGAAGACACACUGGAGAAAAACCUUUUUUCUGUUCAACCUGUGGUAAAGGUUUUACACAUAGUCAAUAUUUGAAAGUGCACAAGAGAGCGCAUGCUGGUGAAAAACCUUUUUCCUGUUCAACCUGUGGUAAAGGUUUUACACAAAGUCAAGGUUUGAAAAGACACAUGAGAACACACACUGGUGAAAAACCCUUUUCCUGUUCAACCUGUGGUAAAGGUUUUACACAAAGUCAAGAUGUGAAAGUACACAUGAGAACACACACUGGUGAACAACCUUUUUCCUGUUCAACCUGUGGUAAAGGUUUUACACAAAGUCAAGUUUUGAAAUUACACAUGAGAACACACACUGGUGAAAAACCUUUUUCCUGUUCAAUCUGUGGUAAAGGUUUUACACGAAGUCAAUAUUUGAAAGUACACAUGAAAACACACACUGGUGAAAAACCUUUUACUUGUUCAAUCUGUGGUAAAAGUUUUACACGAAGUCAACAUUUGAAAGUACACAUGAAAACACACACUGGUGAAAAACCUUUUACUUGUUCAAUCUGUGGUAAAAGUUUUACACAAAGUCAAAAUUUGAAAGUACACAUGAGAGCACACACUGGUGAAACACCUUUUUCUUGUUCAAUCUGUGGUAAAGGUUUUACACAAAGUCAAGAUUUGAAAGUACACAUGAGAACACACACUGGUGAAAAACCCUUUUCCUGUUCAAACUGUGGUAAAGGUUUUACACGAAGUCACUGUUUGAAAGUACACAUGAGAAGACACACUGGAGAAAAACCUUUUUCCUGUUCAAUCUGUGGUAAAGGUUUUACACUUAGGCAAUCUUUGAAAACACACAUGAGAACACACGCUGGUAAAACAACUUUUUCCUGUUCAACCUGUGGUAAAGGUUAUACACAAAGUAACAAUUUGAAAGUACACAUGAGAACACACACUGGUGAAAACCCUUUUUCCUGUUCAACCUGUGGUAAAGGUUUUAAACAAAGUCAAGAUUUGAAAGUACACAUGAGAACACACACUGGUGAAAAACCUUUUUCCUGUUCAACCUGUGGUAAAGGUUUUACACAAAGUCAACAUUUGAAAGUACACAUGAGAACACACACUGGUGUAAAACCAUUUUCCUGUUCAACCUGUGGUAAAGGUUUUACACAAAGUCAACAUAUGAAAGCACACGUGAGAACACACACUGGUGUAAAACCUUUUUCCUGUUCAACCUGUGGUAAAGGUUUUACACAAAGACAACAUAUGAAAGCACACAUGAGAGCACACACAGGAGAGAAAGUGUUGAGUUGCAGUGUGUGUGGUGAAAGAUUCUCUUAUAAGUACCAGUGUAAGAAACACAAGUGUGCUGGUGAGAACAGCAGCAGCAAAUGAAACUGCAGGAUUUGAAAUAAACUGUCAAGACUUUAAUGUUGACUUUGCCGUCAAGGGACGGCGUGGCGAAGUUGGGAGAGUGGCCGUGCCAGCAAUCUGAGGGUUACUGGUUCAAUCCCCACCUUCUACCAUCCUAGUCACGUCCGUUGUGUCCUUGGGCAAGACACUUCACCCUUGCUCCUGAUGGGUCCUGGUUAGCGCCUUGCAUGGCAGCUCCCACCAUCAGUGUGUGAAUGUGUGUGUGAAUGGGUGAAUGUGGAAAUACUGUCAAAGCGCUUUGGGCUCCUUUAAAAAGGGGUAGAAAAGCGCUAUACAAGUACAACCAUUUAUUUAUUUUACUUUCUAACAGCACAUAUAACAUGUGUGACAUUGUUGUUUGUGUAACUAUCUUUUUAAUAUGCUACUACAUUUAUAGAUUAGAUGGUUUGAAAUAUGGAAAUAUUACAUAUUUGUAUUUCUAAUUGUUAAUAAUCCCAUAGAUUAGCCCCUAUUUAUAACAUACAUAUUUACUGGUUCACAUCUGAAACAUCUUAUCAUAUUAUUAUUUACUUUAUACAUCAUUUGAACACUUGUCUUUUAUACCAUUUUAAAAUGUGUGACUUUAUGAAUUAUUUGUUGGGUCUCUAUAAUCCAUUUUAGUAAUGAUCUUUAUUACUCUUUUUUUUGUGAUAUGAUGAUUGUGUUGUGAUUGUUUUAUAUGUAUGUCCCCAGACCUUUAUGCAAUAUAAAAGUGAGAGAAAAUGGCUGAAUUGUUUGUGGAAGGAUGUUUUAUUUUAUUUUUUUUACAAAUUUACAUUCGUGGAUUAAACAAAGAUUCCUAUUAUUGGGUUUUAAACAUUUUUAAUGUACAGUUUCUUUUUAAACAUCCCCAACACAACAAUAUCAAUCAAAGUUCGGAGUGUCAGGCAAAAGCCAAUAUUGUACAUCAUCCCACAGACAUUUACUUUGCAUACUGUAGGAGCCAAAUGUCCUUAUUUGUUUAUAUUGUUUUUAUUUUGUUUUCUCUAAUUGAUUGCUGGCCUCUGUUCAUGCUGAAA